UCAUCAUUCGGGGUUGAAGAGAAGAUGAAUGUUGCUGUCAGUAUCAAUUGGUGAACGUGAUUUGUCAAGAAUAUGGAGUAACCAUUUUAGGCAAAGAAAAGAAAAGAGAUAACUAACCUGGGCCUGUGAUGACUCAUCAAUUUGAGCCGCUGAGAAGGGGGAGGCAAAAACCCUCACUGGGUUGAGAAGAAACUCAGGAACCAGCACGAUCCGAAUUUAAUGCUUCCUAACGGUCAAAAUGGAGGAUGCAUCAUGCAUGACAGUAGCCACAGAGUCCACAGUUAUGAAUAAAGGAAACGUCCAGAUUCCUUCCCCAGUCAACUACGGCUCUUGUUAGAAUGCCGCGCUAAACCAAACCUCUCAUUUAAACACAUCCCCCCUCUCCCCGUCCUCCCUAUCUCUCUCAAUUAACACCAUGGCUGUUUCAUCAUCAUCUUCUUCGCCUUCCAGAAAUCUGAAAAUAGGUAUGGUGGGCUUUGGCCCGUUUGCACAGUUCCUGGCAAAGAUCAUGAUCAAACAAGGGCAUACUUUACGGGCGACUUCUCCUUCCGAUCAUUCUUCCCUCUGCCAAGAUUUGGGCAUCUCAUUCUUCAGGGACACGGGCACAUUUCUUGAAGCAAAUAAUGAUGUCAUUUUGAUUUGCACAUCAAUCCUAUCCCUAUCGGAGGUUCUCAAUACAAUGCCACUACAUUGCCUGAAACGGUCACCUCUCUUUGUGGAUGUUCUCUCAGUCAAAGAGUACCCGAGAGAUGUUCUAUUGAAAGUGCUGCCAGUGGAAUUGGAUGUUUUGUGCACUCAUCCGAUGUUUGGGCCGGAGAGUGGGAAAAAUGGAUGGAAGGAUCUUGCUUUUAUGUAUGAACGAGUUCGAAUAAAGGACGAAGCUACGUGCUCAAGUUUUCUACGAAUUUUCGAAACUGAGGGUUGUAGAAUGCUUGAAAUGUCUUGUGAAGAACAUGAUAUGGUAGCUGCACGGAGUCAAUUUCUUACUCACACAAUUGGGAGGAUUUUAUCGGAAAUGGAGGUCAAGCCCACAUCCAUGAGCACAAGAGGUUUUGAGACACUGAUUCAUCUGAAAGAGAGCACCAUGAAAGACAGCUCUGAUCUGUUUAGUGGCCUAUUCGUCUAUAAUAGAUUUGCCAAACAAGAGCUGAAGAACCUAGAACUUUCCUUAGAAAAGGUUAAGCAAAUGCUACAAGACAAGAUGACCGAAGAGCAGAAACUGAAUGAGUCCAAGUUUUGAUGUAGAAGUCUUGCCAAUAUCGCAUUAAACAUAUACUGUUGUGCUAUGACUAAUUAUGCUUUCCGCUUAGAUUUGGG